UUUGUAAAAUAUACUUGAAAGAAAUUGAUCUUCGUACUACUACUCUUACUACUACUGCUACUACUACUACUACUACCACCACUGCACUUCCUAGUGUUAUUUCGCCGGAAACAAUCAUUCGUACGAAUUUAAAUGCAAUUGCACGUGAAAUAAGUCAACUAGUAGUAGCUAUGGAAAAUGAUGAAUAUGAUUUUGAUGGAGCUAAACGACCGUAG